AUGACAGGUUUGCUCAAACCGUCCUCUGCUGUGAAAUCGGACAGGUGUGAGGGACUGGGGUUCUGUCAGUUCUCAAAGCCCGCGCCUGGGCCAGGUUAUGAAGUCUCUCAGAACCUUAGUUUUUGCGUCUGUAAAGUGGAAAAAAUCCUCCUGGUCUCCUGGGAUGGUUGGGUGUCACUGCUAGUGCAGAGCUGGCGGCUCGGUGAAGGGAUCCCAGGCUACCGGGAGGGAUUCCGCUCGCCCUGUGCUGCGGCCCCUGGUGCACCCAGCGGCCGGAGGGGUUGCUCAUUUAAAAUAGCCGCAAGGGAAAAACCUUGUUAA